GAAAUAGAGAACUAUUGAAGGAUUUUGAAAGGGUAGAACAACAUGCUGCUAUGUUGGCUGUGAAAACUGAGAGGCUUAAAGCUUAUAAGGAGCAAUAGGAAAACUACAUCAACAAGAUGUAUCCAAGGUGGAAAGAAGAAUUGGAGAAUUAUAGACUAGGUCAACAGCAAGACAUAAACGACCCAGUGAGAAAUGGACCUAGCACUACACCUUUGACCUCUUCCUUAAAAGAUUCUAGACUUCAGCCACAUUUUCCUGUGAACACUCCAGUAUAUGCAAGCACACGGACUAACCAGCACAGUUCAGUUUCAGCAGUUUACAGCAGAUCACCACCAACAACAAAUCACCCAGCUGACCAUCGCUAUCCUCACGACCAUUUUUCUUAUCUUGGGUCCUCCCACCCAAAUGGCAGUGGUCCACCACCAUCUGGAUAUUAUGCCUCUGACAGUAGAUGGCAAAGUCCUGGAUAUUAUGACUCACAAAGACCUUUGGAUAGUAGAAUGCAUCAAGGUCACUUGUCAGAAAGCAGUAGAGGACCUGUUAAUGUACAGUACAGGUCACCAGAUCACUAUUAUGGCUCACCAGGUGAUCAGUUUUAUGACAGACGACCACACCCAGGAGAGAUUGGCAUCUCUAGAAAUGGUCCACUUGCAUCAUGUUUUAUGUAUUCAGAUAUUCCACAUCCACGGUUGCAGGAAGCAACUCCUUAUGAACCAAGAAUGGAGCUGCAAAGGACACACAUGGGGUACAGAAACCAUCUAGGACUUUAUGAACAGAAUGGAUACCCUGAGCAAUACAAUCAGGGUGGAAUGCGACAGGGUUACGGAGGUCCAAGAGAUCACAGGGCAGCUGAAUUUGAACCAAAUGUAAUGAGUCGAAAGGUUUUCAAUGGGGAAGACAAUUCAUUUGAUGAUAAGGCUUUUGAUGGUGGUUUACCCAAAAGACCAGUCAUGGAAAAAAGUCUGGAGUCUGCUCAAGAUACCAAACCCUCAGAGAGUUACACCACUGGUCAGCCAUUUGUUACUCCUGAAAAACCUUUGGAGAGGAGCAAUCCAAUGACGAGUUUGAAAAAUCCUCCUCUUUCAUCACCAGUCAGUGGUACCUCUGUAGUAAAUACUAAUCAAGAACAUCACUUUGAGACUAGAGAGGAUGACACUGCCAUUUCACCAAUGUCGUCCCAAGCCACUUCAAAUGUUUUAACAGAUAAACCAGAGAAGGAAUCUGUGCUGAAAAAUGAAAGCUUGCCGGCAGAGGGAUCAGCUGAUUUGGAGACAGCUUCGAAGCCUAAGGUUGAACCAGUAAAGGCAGUGGAGAUAUCAAACGGAAGGCCACAAGAACAGAAGGAAGGCAAGUCAGUUGAUACAAAGAUUGAGGAAAGAAUUGCUGAAGCGCCUGGUACGCCUCAAGAGUUACAUAAAGUCAGAGAGCAAAGCGAUGACGAGGAAAGCUUGGAUUUAAGUGAUCUUAGCCUUCCAGAUGGAGGUGACGCAGGUGGAACAUUUUACGUUCCUUCACAGAUAGAACACAAAAAUGUUAAUGAACCCAACAAAAACGCUACCUUGAGCGGGGAUUUGGAAAUUUCUGCGAGUGUAAGUAAACCUGCUGUUAUACCCGACUAUAGCAAGAGCUUCACUGAAGACAUCAGUGAGGAUAUCCCAGAGUCCGUGCUAUCGGAAAACGAGCGUGACGCUGCCGAUGUUCCUGUGCAUGAAGAGAAAGAGAAACUUCCAAGCACUGUUGCAAAAGUCACUGAACAAUCUGGGAGGUUAGAUACUAGUGACAAUACAAAAAAAGGAGAUGAUACGGAUGGAGAUGAAGUUGUGGAUGAUGUUAAAACAGAGGUUCAGGCAGAGAUGACACACGAAGAGAUAAAACCAUCCGUAAGCUUAGAUGGAUUCUUGUGUCUUUUGCAAGCUGUUGACGCUGAUGUUGAGGUGUCAUUCAGCCCAGAAACCUUGUAUCAUUCACCUAGCUGCAGUUCCGACAUGCGAGCAGAGAUAACAAAAGCUGUUGAGGUUGGCAGUAGUCUCCAGUCUCUUGACCCAAACACCAUCAGCAUGAUUGUUCUUGAAGAGUUACCACUUUUGGUAUCUAGUUCCCCUGCCGGUUGCCUUAUUCCAGACCGAGUGUUUUCCCAAGGACUGUCCUGUGAAACGGAGAAAGAGUUAAGGCCCUUGGUGGAAGCUUCACUGAUGAAAUUGUGGAAAGAGCUAUUUUCUCAUCUUGUUAAUGUGGUUAAAAACAAUGUGAUGAGUGCAGAGGAAGUCGGAGAUACAUUCGGAUCGCUUCUGAUCACUCAGUCUUCAAAGUACUGGAGAGAGAGUCAACAGCUUCUGCGUAGAAUACUUGAAGCAGCAGUUUCAGAUGUCAGCAGUCGCUCGACUUCUCCUCCUGCCUCCACUCUUGACGAGUUGGAUCAUGAGCCUCAAUUUGAAAAUGAGGCGCCGGCUAAGCAGGAUGAUGAUGAAGUGUCAAUCGCAACCGAAGCUUCUAGCAGUACAUUGGGUUCUACUCCACCUAAAAUUGAACCAAAUAAAUCCAAGGAAGAGAAUCGCCAACCAACACCAGACCCGACGGUCUCUUACGAAGAUGAUUUUGAAGAUGAAGUUCCCCUAACUGAAACCCCUGCGUACCUUAAAAUGAUGAGCAGUGCCCACUCUGAGCCUGACGAUGAUAUAAGUGAUCCUCUGGCCAAGACUAACCCGCAAAAACAAGAAAGCGAGGCUGACGAAGACGUUGAGAGGGAACUGGCACGGAGUAUAUCCCCGCCUAUGACGUCACCUAGUCAGAAAUCACACAAUCAUUCAAAGAGUGGGAGGCAGAAACCAAAACUUUCUUUGUUUGAAACUGAUGUAAAUAAAAAAACUGACAAAGACUUGAGUGAUAGCUGGGGAGGAACAUCUCUGAAGUCUGCUCCAUCCAACAUUUCCGAUUCCGACUCAGUAGCAUCGCCUCCGUUAUCACCGGAUGAUGUAAUUGGAUACACACCAACUGCUUUGGAAAACCAGCAAAAGAAUGAUAAAGUUGACAAGGAAAACGACAAGAGCGAGCCUAAGUCCGUUACUGACUCCAAAGCCAAACGAAAAACAGAUUUCUGGAAUGCCUCAGACACGGAGUCCGAAGUGGAUUUACAGCUGAGUACCGGGGGAAUGGACCAGGAGGAUGACGAUGAUGAUUUUGAUUUCUACGGUUAAGACACGAAUAACAAAGAUUCGCGCAUUUGGUGGUUCAUGGGUGUCCAAUGCAAGGGGAGAAAGUGACUUGUCGAAAAGAAAGCGCGGCAAACCGUCUGGAAUUGAUGUAUCUGUGACUAAUUAAAAGGAAUUUAUCGUGGCAUUUCAUACUUAAAAAUUCGAUGCAGGCGGCGUUAACUUGCAUCAUUUUCUUACCUUUAAAUCAUUUUAAUAGCAUGGUAAAGUUUCAUUUCACUUGAAAUCUGACGUUACUUUUAUUUGUGCAUCAGUGUUACCAUAAAGUGAAUUACGUUUGGAAAUAAAUCUGCACGAAGCUCUUUGUAUGCCUUGUUUGUACAUAAAUAUAGCACGAGACAGCUGAUUUCUCAACUGCUAAUUUUCGUUCGAUCAUCUUAUUUAUUAACAUUUCCUUCUUCAUAAUAUUUACCCUUUUUCUGAGAAAAUAGCAAAAACUAAUUACGAUCAUAUCUGUGUGUAAAGUGACUAAAUUACCUCGAUCAUCGGGGUCAUUAAAUAUUUGAAUUUUCAAGAAAUAUUUACUUCAAACUAGAAUUCUGUUACGGGCAGAAUUGCAUGUUACUGUAGGUGAGUUAAUAGAAAGAAAUGAUCUAAAUAAACUUUAAAAUUUUU